AACAUCUGAGUGAUAUUUCGAUGCAAAAUUUGGAGGAAUUUAUAAAGGACUAUAGCGAUACAGCUAGAGUGCACCAAACUUCAGUAAUGCCCAGAAAAGUGACAGAUUCUCCUGUUUACACUGUCAUUUUCUUGAUCCAUGUUCUUGCCCAUGACACAAGUUUCCCCCCAAUUGAAAGUCAAGAUGAAGAGGUUUACACUCAGUUUUUUAGGCCACUUAUUCUUACACUCAAGGCAUUGGUUGAUGUUAAUUGCUUGGAUCGGGAUAUGGAUUCUAUCACUCAUGAUGUUUCAUACUUAAGAAAUCUUUUUCAUGCAAUCAAAAAGGCAGAGGAUGCUAUUGAUGACCAUAUGACUCAUAAACUUCAUAUUUUAGCAGAUAUUGGAAUUUCUUUUUUGAAUUCAUUGGGUAACAGCAGUUUCUCUUCAUCUCAUACUCCUGGACUUAUUCUACUGCCAUCGUCACUGUACAAAAUUAGUUCUGGUUACAAAUGCCAGGGAGGUGGUAAUUCUUUGAAGCAUUGCCAACUUGAUAAAUCCUUCACCAAUAAAUUUCUUCAGCAUAUCAUAAGUGCAUCUUGGACAGCUAGAAAUAUUGGUAAAAGUUACCCAAAAAGUCAAUCAGAUUCAUUCCAUGGGAGCAGCUUCAAUGGAAGUGGAAGAGCGUUUGAGGUUGCGCCUUUAAUGGAUCCCUACGUGCCCGGUAUAACUGGUCAACCUAUCGAACACCUUGGGACAGAACUGGCACCCGUACUUCCCAUCCUUCAUGAUCAUCCCGUCGGUGAGAGGUGGCCCGUUCCGGUACUCGCCGGAACGAGUUUUCCUGUGAAACCUGCGGUGCCGUGCAAACUCCGUGCGUUCAUUAAACCCUAUUUUGCAAAAAUCACAGUAAUACCUGUCAUGGAUUUGAACGCCUCCGGCCGAAUUAUCUGUCCCCUCCAGCAGAAUCUCAUCCCCGUGCAUCUCGGGUGCAAUAUAUGUGACAAUGGCUGUAUUGUUCACCCCAUCCUCCCGAUGCAUCUCGGGUGUAAUAUAUGUGACAAUGGCUGUACUGUUCACCCCACAGAGGCCAGACGUCGUCACAUUUAA